CGCCGUCGCCGUCGCCGUUCAUCGCGCCCCCGCCGUCUCCCUCCCCCGGCCGCAGCCCCCCUCUACCCCAUUGGUUCUCGAGAUAAUAGGGCUCGAGUUGCUGCUGCUAAUUGGGAAGGAUGAGCAAAGGCCCGGUUCCGUUCCCUAUCUUUGGGAAGAAAGCAAGAGAUAUCUUGUACAAGGACUACAAUUUUGACCAAAAGUUUUCAUGGUCAACAACUAGCGAAUUUGGGUUGAGUGUCACAGCUGCUGGCGUGAAGUUUGAUGAACUCUUCAUCGGUGACAUACGGGUACAACAUAAAAGUGGUAGAAAUACUGUUGAUGUCACAAUAGAUUGCGACUCCAAAGUGUCAACCGCGGUCACUUUUGAUGAAGUAGUCCCUGGUUUGAAGACUUCUUUCGGCUUCAAGGUUCCUGAUCAAAAGUCAGGGAAGCUCGAUUUGCAAUACCUUCAUGAUCGCUUCGCACUGAAUUCAACCAUUGGGCUGACGUCGGCACCUGUAAUCGAGCUGGCAACAACUAUUGGCACAAACGAACUCGCCGUCGGUGGUGAGGUUGGGUUUGACAGUACUUCAGCUUCUGUUACCAAGUACAACUCAGGAAUCAGCUAUACCAAAGAUGAUUUUUCUGCCGCCUUACUAUUGGCUGACAAAGGGGAGACGCUGAAAGCCUCUUACAUCCACCUGUUCAGCCCGACCAGCGCGGUGGCGGCCGAGGUAAUGCACAGGUUGAAAACAAAGGAGAACUACUUCACCAUUGGGAGCUCCCACGCGCUCGACCCGUCCACGACGGUGAAGACCAGGUUCAGCAACAGCGGGAAGGCCGGGCUGCUCUGCCAGCACGAGUGGAGGCCCAAGUCGUACGUGACGCUGUCGGCCGAGUACGACCCCAAGGUGGUGAGCUCGCCGGCAAGGUUCGGCGUGGCCGUGGCCCUCAGCCCCUGAUCGCCGGUCGGCCCGCGCCUCCUCCCCUCCCUGUACAACAGCGCCAGCGUUACGCACGAUGCUCGUAUAUGUCCGACCGAUGAUUCUUUCUGGUCUCUGUUUUUUGUUUUUUUUUGGGGUUACAACGGUUAUUGGUAUUGGCCCACGGAAACCUUGUCUAGGAGCUGGGCUCAUUUUUGCGGGAUUUCUCCGAUUAGCCUGCCUGCCGGCCUGCGAAGUUAUUGGCCGGGAACUGGAAAUAUACAGAGGUUUUGUAUU